AAGGUGAGGGACGGGGUCAUAGCUCCAUAAAUACUUGGUGUGGCAGAGGAUUUGGAUGGACCCUGGAGGAGUAAAUACUGCUGGAGGAAGCUCGCACAUAGGAGAGGAGCGGCGACUUUUCUGCAAGCCGAUACCUCAUUUGUAGAAGGCUGACCUCCUUAGUACCACCGUGAGAGUUGUGGUGCCUCUGUCUAAUAUGGAAAGUCUAUGAUUCCAUAUUGGCAGGAAUAUAAAUCAUUUUAUUUUUCUCACAAAGUGCGAUGUAGUUCAACUUCACACCCCAAAGUGAACUAUUUGUCAAGAUGACAGCGCUUACACCUCUGAACCGUGCUGUACUUGGACUCGCGUGGAGCUGCUUGAGUUUUCUGUACUGCGCUCAGUGCGGGUUAAGUGACAACCAUGUGCACUCCAGUUUUAUUUACAGGAGAUUGCGCAAUCACGAACGCCGGGAGAUUCAGAGAGAGAUCCUCUCCAUCCUGGGCUUGCCUCACCGUCCGAGGCCCUUCUCUCCCGGGAAGCAGGCGUCCUCGGCGCCGCUCUUCAUGCUCGACCUGUACAACGCCAUGGCCGUGGAGGAGGAGGAGGGGGUGCUGCAGGGCGCAGGGAAGAGCUUCAGUGCCAAGGCUCAAGGGCACUCCAGGAAAGCGUACUACAGCCCCCAGCAUGCCGGGUUCUCCCGUGUGGCACAGCCUUACCGAGCGGCCCCUCUGUUAGGCCACAGCCCCGCGCUCACCACGGCGCACGACACCAACUUUCUCAAUGAUGCCGACAUGGUUAUGAGUUUUGUCAAUUUAGUGGAGAAAGAUAAAGAUUUUUCUCACCAACGUCGGCACUACAAGGAGUUCCGUUUUGAUCUGACUCAGAUCCCGGACGGAGAGGCGGUGACUGCGGCAGAGUUUCGGAUCUAUAAGGACCGCAGUCAUAGCCGCUAUGACAAUGGUACUCUGAAGGUUACCAUAUAUCAAGUCAUCAAGGAGUAUCCAAACAAAGAUGCAGAGACAUUCUUGCUUGACUCCAAAAGGGUCCAGGCAUCCGAUGGGGGCUGGCUCGUGUUUGACAUCACGGCCACCAGUAACCACUGGUUGAUGAACCCACAGCAGAACCUGGGCCUGCAGCUCUGUGUGGAGACUAUAGAUGGGCGAAGCAUCAACAUGAAAUCUGGUGGAAUCAUUGGGAGGAAUGGGCCUCAGUCCAAGCAGCCUUUCCUGGUUGCUUUCUUCAAGGCCAGUGGGGUGUUGCUUCGCUCUGUCAGAGCGGCUGGUGGGAAAAAAAAGAACCACAAUCGCAAUAAAUCUACUACUCAACAAGAGUCAUCCAGGGCACCAAAAACUGGAGAUGUCAACACAAGUGAACAGAAGCAAGCCUGUAAGAAGCAUGAACUUUACGUCAGUUUUCGAGAUUUGGGCUGGCAGGAUUGGAUCAUAGCACCUGAAGGCUACGCUGCUUUUUACUGUGAUGGGGAAUGUUCUUUUCCACUCAACGCACACAUGAAUGCUACAAAUCAUGCAAUUGUGCAAACCCUGGUCCAUUUAAUGUUUCCUGACAACGUGCCAAAGCCAUGCUGCGCCCCAACAAAGCUCAACGCAAUAUCAGUGCUUUACUUUGAUGACAGCUCAAAUGUCAUCCUCAAGAAAUACAGAAAUAUGGUAGUUAGGUCUUGUGGUUGUCAUUAGUGGCAGGGCUAACUUUAAUUUAUGCUAUCUGGUAUGGGAAUCGCUGGAAAACACAUCUGCUGCAGGUGUGAUGUGAUGUACAGUAUUAUGUAUAUAAAGUUUUUAUUACCUAAUUUAUUUUCUUCUUUUUUUUUUUUUUUUUAAAUAGCACUGAAUAUCGUCAUAUUUAAAUGAUUAGGACGACAUGUUGAUUUUACUUUACGCCAGUUAUCAGUUAACUUUUGUGUCCGUUGGCAUAUACUCCCUCGUAGUGACGUCUGUAUAACUUUUAUGAGUUAAUUAUUCACUGGAGUCAUCAUGAUACAUGAGAGCACUUCCCCUCCUGCUUGUUUUCCCCCUUUUAUAAUACGCUCUAUAAAUGAUCACCGAGUUGGAAAUACACAUGGUAUAUGAUGUGCUUUGUUUUUCAACGCUAAUUUAUCUCCUUUGUUUUCAAUAUGGGCCAGAAGUACAGAUUAAUGUCAGCACAGCAUGAUGCUUUAGCACUUACAUCACAACGACUGUUUGAAAUAUCUUAAAUCAAAUUGGUUCACUUGGUUGGGAAAAACAUAGUGAAUGUUUAAACCAAACUGCCCAAAGCUAUUUUAAAGCUGCCACUGUCUUUCAGCACUGAUACCGUUUCACGUUUUCCACGCCAACUUUUUUCAAAUGUUUUUAGUAGGAGAGGAGGAGAUUAUAUAAGUCUGGAAUCUCUUAUUAUGUUGAGCAUUCACUUAUGAAUGCUUUACAAGUUAUGUCAUUUUUUAAACAAUGUUUAUGUUAAUCUCUUCCAUAAACACUGUUAUCUCAUUCCUCUGUGGACUAGCUGUAAACGUCUUUACUCCACACUGAUUCUAUUUUAUGUCUGGGGAAAGUAUAUCUUUAUGUAGAGUGUUAAGUGUAUUUGAAUAAAUGUACCACUUGAGAACAUUUAUCUUCUGCUCUGCCUUUACUUGACCUUACAGCUUUUUGUCUUGCUCCAUUUAUCACCCUCAAC